UUUCCCGCUGUUCAACGGUAGUCAAUCGUGAUUCGAGAUUGACAUCGUCGACUGUUGACGGGCCAGGCCAGUGCUGCUGCAGCAGCAGGUGCAUCACGGAGUAAGAGGUAUAUCGACUUCGAAACCUGUAUAUUGAGGCUGGUAAGUCUUCCCGAAGACUUUAAAUCAACGAAGAUUCGUUCCACGGACACCUGUUUCUCGCGUGAUGAUCUCGUCCCUUCCUCGCAUUAAUUUCCAAACACCGAGAAUUGCGUGUGACAGUUAACGCAGUUUGGUCUCCUAGUCUGUCAAUCUUUCAUAUAGUUAUGUCAAAUGUCACUCUAAUAUAGGCACGGGCGACAAAAUAUCAGACUUCUCUGGUGUGAUACAAGUCGUAAAAUGGAUCCAAGGGGCCCUCCUGAGGGGGCCCCUGCCGAGUCUUUCGAGAUAUCCAGCAUCGAUAAGGGAGCUGAUACCUCGGUGAAUUGGCCUAUUGAUCACGCUUUUGCUUCAUCCUUGUGCGAACAAUCGAAGAAACUAAACAACAGGCUUUUGUUUUUGACGGUGGAAUAUGUGGAGGAUCAAUCCCGCUUAUUUCCAACAUACGAACAGAUUUCUCUUUCUCCAAGGGCAGCCUCACCUCUGUCCGAGUUCGAGCAUCGUGUCAGUCCGCUUGAUCCAAACAUGAGUUCUGCCGCUAGGUACUCCCCCACACCAGUCCAACUACCUUCUUCUCCUUUCCACAACUCUGUUGUUGUGCUUCAAGGUCCGUCCUCUCCUUUAAUAUCCCAGCCUGAACCAAAUAUAAGAACGAGCAUCAAUUAUGUGACUCAACUGGCACAUCCAAUCGAUGCUCAAGUUGUACCUCAAACAGAUGCUACUACAGACUUUGUUGGCAAUGGAAAUGAAGAAGGCUUGGUGUCGAGUGUCAGUAGCGAAUUGAUUUUAAUGCAAGAAACUACACCUGAAUUGGAAUCUUCAGCAACUCCCUUAAUGCUAACAGGAAUACCGGGUACAGAUUUUGCUUUGACUAGAGAUUUCUUGGUCAUGCAAGAUGAUCAAAUAAAUGUUAUCAAUACAUUUAAAAAUCAAAAUAUGGAGAUAGAACAUAGUCAUGUUCCUUUACCAUCUGUAAUAGAAGAUGCAAACAAAGAAAAUAACAAUCUUAUUUUGCCAGAAUGUGAUAAAGAAAUUCAACAAAUUACUAGAAAUGUAUCGCCCAGUGAAAAGAAGAAAUCAAUUGAGAAAAAAGAUGUAAGAAGAUCAAAGCGACACAUAACAGAUAAAAAAGAUUUGUGGUGCGACGAAUAUGACAAUAAUUGCACCAAAGAUGACAGCUGUAAUUUGAAUGAUGUAUGCACAAUCGCAGAUCAACCAGUACCAUCACGUGCUGUAGCAACACUGCCAGGAUCAUAUCUUUCAUUAAACAAGUUAUCUACUUCAGAAGCUACAGUGGAUGGCGUAACCUAUGGAGUCUUUGCAAAACGUAAUAUUCGGAAGCGCACGCAAUUUGGACCUAUAGAAGGUGUAUUGUGUCCGUACGACGGCUCGCCCUUUAAAAAUGCUUUACCAUUACUUUACGAAACUGAGACUGGUGAAUUAUUGAAAGUAGAUGUUUCGAACGAAAAUACUUCAAACUGGAUGCGUUUUGUGCGGCCUGCCCUAACAUAUAAAGAGCAAAAUUUAAUCAUUUGCCAACAGAAGGAUGGAAUAGUGUUUCUGACCAACAGAAACAUUUCGCCGAAAGAAGAAUUAAAAGCAGGUCCUAGUAACGAUUAUGCUAGUCGCAGAAAUUUGCCAAUACAUAAACCAGAUGACAAAGAAGCUUCUAAUCAAAUUUCCAUAUGGCCGCGUUUGGAUGGCAGUUACAAUAAUCGACGCGUAAAAAUGUUUCGCGGCAGAAACAUGAAAGAAAAAGAAAAUUCACGGCAGAAUAAUAAGUGUAAUAAGGAAUGGAAAUGUUCUGUGUGUAAUCUGAUUUUCAGAAAACCGUCUCUGCUUAACUUACACACAAUUAUUCAUUCUUCCAACGACAUCAAAAUUGAAAAUCAAACGUCCGCAUGUCCACAGUGUGGACUGGAAUUCCAAAAGCAAAGCGAAUUGGUAAAUCAUGUAUCUCAACAUGGACGAUUGGCACUACCCAAAACGAAAAGAUUAACUCCUUUAAGUACAUACAAGUGUUCAAUGUGUUAUAAACGUUUUGCUACAAAGAUACGUUUACAACAGCAUUGCUUGGCACAUGGUGCUGAGGACCAAAAACCACUGCCAUGCAGUAUCUGCUUGAAACGGUUUAUGAAUAAUUCUGCGUUGUCUGGUCACCUGAAAACACAUAAAGAAAAUAAACAAGUCUUUGAGUGCCCAAUGUGCAGGCAGCUAUUUCGCCAAGGUACAAUGCUGAAGGAUCAUGUUGAGACACACAGAAAUCAAGACGGUAUAUUCAGUUGCCCCCACUGCCAGCGAACAUUCAUCAAGUAUUCAGUUAUUCGCAAACACAUUCGGGCACAUCACUGCGAGAGGAAACACAAAUGUCAGCAUUGUGCAAAACGUUUUCCGACAGUUGAUAAAUUACGAAUGCAUUUACUGAAACAUUCUGAUCAUAGAGAAUUCCAUUGUGCCAAUUGUGGUAAGCGAUUCAAGAGAAAAGACAAAUUGAAGGAGCAUAUGACUAAAAUACAUCACUCUCAAACAGUUAAUGGAGACCAAACGAUACAGAACAAUCAAGCGAAGAAAUUUGUGCCAAAGGUAAAUCCGAAUGAUUACAAUCGCUUUAUUUACAAAUGUCAUCAAUGCCUGGUGGGUUUCAAACGAAGGGGAAUGCUGGUAAAUCAUCUAGCAAAACGGCAUCCUGACGUCGCACCAGAAUCUGUGCCAGAAUUGAACUUGCCUAUUCUGCGGCAAACCAGAGAUUAUUACUGCCAGUAUUGCGACAAGGUUUAUAAAAGUAGCAGUAAGCGUAAGGCGCAUAUUAUGAAGAAUCAUCCAGGUGCGGCCUUGCCACCUAGUAAUCGACAAAAGGAAUCGGAAUUUUCGGGACUGCCGAAUCCGAGUUUUAGCCAAACAGUGGGCAGUGUUACAACUAGCCCUCAAGGUUGUCAGUGGUGUCACAAACAGUAUGCCAGCAAGGCGAAACUCUUGCAACAUCAACGCAAGAAACAUGCCCAUUUAAUGGAGCCGGCGGAUCAAAUACCGCGAUCGCGGAACCGGCCACCGCAAAAUCAAAAUCAACCACCCGCGCUGAACGAUAACAACUUUGUAAUAUCUGAUUACAUACAAGGAUGUGACGUAAACGGAGAUUUUCUCAAGCAAAAAAUAAUCAAAAUCACGAACGACGUUGAUCUGAUAGGCAAUAGUGGUCUGGAAAUGGUUGGCCAGCAAUUUGUGCGUAUGCGCGACAUACGUUGAGGAGAAGCGCGGCAUCCUCGAUACGAGGAUGAGCGUCGCCAAUUUAUCGAGAUAUGAAUCUCGCGAUCUUUGUAUGCAGCCGAGGUAGGCUGUUUUUUUUGCCGCCGUUCCCAAAUCGGGAUCGUUGUUGCCCGAUGAUGAAGCGGCGAGGCAUGUCGCCCGAAAAUAUUUUGGGCUUUGUUGGCGCCGGUGCGAAACACUCGGCGCUGUUUUGUUGGUUGUACGUUAGUCGGUUGACAUUGACGACGGUAACGUGGAUGAUAAAUAGCAGAUUUGUUGGAAAGAGCACGCAGUUUUAAGAAUACCGAGCCUCUCGGAAAAAAAACUGCCUAAAAACGUUGACUGGAAACCAAUGAGGCUCGAGUGUACUUGCGAUGGAGAACAUUGUAGUCUCACACAAUUGUUGAGAGAUUUCUUCUUGAAAUAUUAAAAAUAUCAUAAGGAAAAAAAAGAGAAAAAAAAGGUAGAACAAGUCCUGGUACUAUCGACACGUCCUUUACACUAGGCCUGGUAGUUUUACUUUUAAAAUCUUAUACCAAGCUUAUAAAAUCCGAUGUGAUUCGAGUGUGAAUUAGAUGGACCAAAUUUAAGCGUCAAGUUUAAGAAAAUGUUUAAGCCCGGCUUAAAUUUGGCAGCGGACGAGACCACUGCGUCUUAGAUCAGCGUGAUUUUGUUCCGUACGAUGGUGAUUGUGCGGACGAAUAAUAUUAAAAAUCAUUGUUCGCAACGUAUUUGGCUUCAUUAACGGCGUGCGAUUGUCUGUAGAUUACGUGAAAACUUGCAAGAACUCUGAAAAACUCUGCAAGAAAUCGUCCAUUUCACUUUUGCUCUUUCUCUCUCUCGUAAUUCCAAGAUUUCGUCGUAUUACAUCCACAUUCUCAUUUUAGAAUAAUGUAUAAGUAAAAUGCCUUUAGAUCUCUUCACCGGAACAUACUAUUUUCACGUAAUCAUUUCGUAUUCGCCAAUCUCAUCCACAUAUGAAUCUAGCGUCACAGUCUGAGAGCCUGUUUGAGAAUGGCCGGCUCGAGAUGUCUGGUUUAAAUCAACGCACGGUACUGUAGUUACGUAGCCAAGGAAAUCUUCGUCCUCGUGAUUUUACGAGCAACAGAAGUAACGUACGUGUAUUUUAAGCUGUGUAUACCUGGCCACGCGUUACGCACACGUAAGCACACUACAGAAAUUUCUAACGAUUGUUCAAGAUUGUGUAUUCCGCAACGUCUGAGUUCGGAUAAUUGUGUCUUUUCAUACAUCCUGUGGUAAACCUAUUUGGUUGAUGUAUGUCGCAAAUAAAACUCGCACGAACGAUUUUCACACUCGGAAAAAUUUAUCCAUGAGAAACAACGUUAAAUUUUAUUUUACACACGGUGUAUACACACGACAUACAUUAUCGCAAUUACAAAGAGACAGAAGAUUGUAUGUUUGUCGAUGUCGUUGAGUACAUGGAGGACUGUACUGUAAACAUGACUUAAAUAAAGUUAUUCGAUGAGCGAUAUGACGAAUCGUUUAUUAUAAUUACGUUAACAUCUAUGAACUCUGCGACACCGUAAAAUUGAAGUAAGACACCGUA